AAUGAACUUGCACUCUCUCCAUUCCUAAUCCUUCCCGAUUAAGUUUCUUCUUCUUCCCUAAAACACUUCAUUUGAAACAGAGCACUGCAAAGGCAGGGCAGAGGCACCGAGAGAAGGAAAGACAUAACAGCUGCAAGCAACGCAUAGCCAAUAACAAUGGCGUUGGAAAUCUUGGUGGUCCCAUUCUUCGGGCAGGGCCAUCUCCUGCCCUCCAUGGAGCUCUGCAAGCAUUUCGCCUCCCGUAACUUCAGGGCCGUCCUCGUCAUCUCCUCCAACCUCUCCUCCUCCGUCCCCUCCUCCCUCCGCUCCCUCCCCCUCGUCGAGGUCGUCGAGAUCCCCUCUUCCCCUACUCCUCCUCCUCCUCCUCCGCCUUCACAGCCCGGCUCCGGCGACCUCAUGGCCCAACACCGCAACCACCACUCCCAGAUGGCCCAGCGCCUUGAAUCCGUCCUCUCAGCCCGUGCUUCCGCACCAAACUCCAUCCCGAUUGCCUGCGCCGUGACCGAUGUCAUGAUGAGCUGGACCGCCGAGAUUUUCCAGAAGUUCCGGAUCCCGCUGGUUGGGUUCUUCACUUCCGGCGCGUGCUCCGCCGCGAUGGAGUUCGCCCAGUGGAAAGCCGGUGUGGACGGCCUCAAGCCCGGGGAGACCCGGCUCCUCCCGGGGCUGCCCGAGGAGAUGGCUCUCACGGAGUUUGAUCUAAAGAGGCGCCCCCACGGGCCUCCACACCUCCGCAACGGUGGCGGCGGCCCGGGCGGAGGAGGCGCGCCUGGUGGUGGUGGGUUCCCAUUUGCCCCACCGCCUGGCAGGCCGGGUCCGAAGUUCAUGGGUCCGCCUAAACCGGGCCAGGAGCCCCCGUGGGUCGACGAUGUUGCGGACUCGGUUGCGCUUUUGUUCAACACAUGCGACGAUCUCGAGGGCCCAUUCAUCGAAUACCUCGCUGACCGGGUUGGCAAGCCGGUCUGGGGCGUGGGCCCGCUUCUUCCGGAGCAGUACUGGAGGUCGGCUGGUUCUCUCCUCCACGACCGGGAGAUCAGGACCAACAGGAAGUCAAGCAUCACCGAGGAUGAGGUGAUCCAGUGGCUCGAUUCGAAGCCCAGUGGCUCAGUCCUGUACGUCUCAUUCGGUAGUGAGGUCGGCCCAACGAUGGAGGAGUACCCCCAGCUAGCCCAAGCCCUCGAGGAAUCCUCCUCGCCCUUCAUCUGGGUGAUUCAGCCAGGCUCGGGAAGGGGAGGCCCGCCCCGCACGUUCCUCGGUGGCAAACCCGAUUCAGACCCAGACAAAGAGGGAUACUUCCCGCACGGCCUGAAGGAAAAGGUUGGCGACAGAGGCCUAAUCAUAAGGGGGUGGGCACCGCAGCUGCUGAUACUUAGCCACCCAUCCACCGGCGGGUUCCUGUCCCACUGCGGGUGGAACUCCACGGUGGAGGCGAUCGGCCGCGGGGUACCAUUCUUGACAUGGCCGAUCAGGGGCGAUCAGUACCACAAUGCAAAGCUGGUCGUGGCCCAUCUCAGAAUGGGGCACGUGAUAUUGGACGACAUGUCUCUGCCAAUGAAGAAGGAUGAUAUAGUGAAGGGUAUUGAGAGGCUGAUGGGCGACGAGGGUGUGAAAGAGCGCGCAGCACAGCUCGGGAAGAGGUUCGAGGGUGGUUUUCCGGCAAGCUCGGCGGCGGGUUUGGAUGCAUUUGCAGAAUUUAUCCGUCAGAAGACAAAAUAGAAAAUGAAAGCUAAGCUUUGGCUUCAUAUAUGUUCAGGAAGAUCAUAUUAUCUAAACUCUGUGUUGCUGCUGAGAGCUAAAGAGGAUUUGUUCACUUACACUGUUAUCAGACAACAUUUUUUGCUGAUC